AAAUUAAUACACUACUUGUAAACUUUAGAAUACCGGUAACUUUACAUUCUACUGAUAUUGUGCUACACAUUAUAUACAUGUGCGUUCAGGGUCCUAAAGACACACACAAUUGAUUCUGUAUUUAGUGUUAGAGCAGUGAUCCAUGUGUGUGCAUAUCUUCAGUGUUUACUGAUCGCCUGACUGGGACUGACUGCUGAGUUGAAUCGUCGCUGGUUUACAGAAAUCUUUCUACGGUCAUAAUGGAUGCCAGACACAAGAAAAUUCUGCAAAGCAGACGCUCCUUUCUGGUGCUUGAAUUGGAUCCAUCUCUGCUGUACGACAAACUGAUUUCCACAGGAAUAUUCAAUCAAGACAUGAUUGAGGAAAUAAAGAGCGCAGGACCUCGCAGAGAUCAGGCCAGGCAGCUUGUGAUCGACCUGGAGACCCGUGGAAGCCGGGCUUUCCCUGCCUUUCUGGAGUGCCUUGUGGAAACAGGCCAGAGCCAUGUGGCAGACCUCCUGAGCGCUGACCUUGGGAUUCAGCCACCUCGUUCCCUUCCCAUUCGACCCAUCCCAAUACCCAUCCCAAUACCCACCUCUCGCAAUCAUGGAACACAGCAAAAGGAAAUGGACAAACCAGACAGAGGACACAUCUCUAGAAAGGAUGAGGGUGUGGCAUAUUCACCGGAAAAGAGUCCUGAUCGCCCCAUUCAAUGUUCUGAAGGAGAUGAGCCUCCUUCUAUACCCAGACUAAGGAGAGACAGUCUUCAGAUGUACAGAAUGGAUGCGAGGCCUUGUGGUCGAUGCCUGAUUAUUAAUAAUGUAGAAUUUCAUCCAAACAGUAAUCUGAAGAACCGCACAGGAUCUGACAUUGAUUGUGCCAGACUUGAGAAACGUUUCAAGUCAUUUCACUUCAUUGUUGAGGUGAAGAGAAACCUCACAUCGCAGGCAAUAAGACGAGAGCUGCAUGCCUUGUCACAGACAGACCACACCGCCUUCGACUGCUGUGUUGUAAUAAUCCUGUCCCAUGGCACUGAGGUGAACCACAACAGGUUUCCAGGUGCUAUCCAUGGUGUUGAUGGCCCAAUAGUUCCUGUUCAGAAUAUUACCAAUUAUUUUAAUGGACAAAACUGCCCAACACUACAAGGGAAACCCAAGCUCUUCUUCAUCCAAGCGUGUGGUGGAGAUCAAAAAGACACAGGGUUUGAGGUCUGUCCAGAUGAGUUCGAGCCGGCGGCCAGUGGCAUUGACAAUCACACAGACGCCAUGCCGAUGUCACCCAGGGAGGAGCUUGGGAAAUACUCUGAUGAGCUCGAUGCCAGAGCAAGCCUGCCCACUCCCAGUGAUAUCUUAGUGUCAUACUCCACUUUUCCAGGGUAUGUGUCUUGGCGAGACACACAAGCAGGUUCUUGGUAUGUGGAAACUCUAGACAAUGUUUUGGAAGAAUUUGCUGGAUAUGAAGACCUGCUUACUUUGCUGACGAUGGUAACGGACAAGGUGUCACAGAUUUCAGCUAAAGGAAUCUUCAAACAGAUGCCUGGAUCCUUCAAUUUCCUGCGGAAACGUAUCUUCUUCCAAGUGAAUUGUUUAAAUGACAAAUGAAAUUCUCUGUCAUAAUUUACCUACACAAUUCAAUUUACAAAUUAUGCAAAUAAUGUCCCCUUUGUGCUAAAUGAGUCAAACUUCAAAAGGCAAAGUCCCUCAGUAACAGGGAAGUAUUGAGUGACUAGAAGGGCCAAGGUGUUUAAUACACUGUGCGGAACAGGUGAAAUGAAUGCUUCACCUUGUGUUCAACAGAUUUGUGUGUCUGAAGAGAACAAAGCUGUUUCCAGUAAGUGUCACACUAAACAUUCAAAGUUGUUUGUAUUUUUUUGUAUAUUUCAUAGAAUAACUUUAAUUUGGCACAAUGCUCCUGUAUUGAGUAGGCACAAGAGCUUCCCUACAAAGUUGUGCAAGUAGAAAAGCACACCUCAGUCCCAAAUUCCCCGAUAUCUUCACAGUUCAUAGUGGUGCUGGAUUGGGCCAGGGUGCAUGGUGGUUUUGAAUGCUGAGCUGAGAUCACCAAACCCACACCUCCAUUUGCCCGCUGCGCCACUGAAACUUGCGUAUUUGCAGUUUUGUGCUCUUAGCAUGGAAGGGACCAGUCACAUAAGUGCAUUUCAAUAUUAUGAGCAUUACAUUUUCUACAGAAUCAGUUUUUUUAAUUGAAAGAAAUGGUCUUCAUGUAUAAAUACUGUGUCUCCGUUCCUAAUGAACAUGUUUACUACUCACUGGAAGUAGUGUGGCAUACUGCCUGUAGUGACAAUCUAAUGGGAAACAUUGAUCUUGAGAUUCAAUUGGAAUAUAUAUGUAACUGUUAGAUCUAAACUGUACUGCUUGAAUGAAGUCCCAGCUGUGUAUCACAUGGUUUUGUUUUUCUGUUGAUUUCAUUAGUAUUUCUUCAAGUUUGUUUUUGAUACCUUUUUAAUGGACCAGCUUAUGAUGACAAGUUAACAUGACAAGAAUAACAAUAUCCAUGGAAACUUUGUGAUGGAAUCACAGCCAAGUGGAUAUAACAGUCCUUUUUGUUGUUUCCCCCACUAGUCUGAGGAAAUGUAUAUCAGUUGGUGCACCUCAUUCUUCGGUGUACUAGGUAUUUAUUUAGCUCUUUUGAUGUCAGGGAAAUCAAUAUAAUAAUGAAUAAUUGUAAAGUCUUUGCCUGUAAUGCCUACAUUUGAUGUAAGUACUAAAUGAGGAGUAGACUACUUUAAGAACAUAAGAACAUUUAUGAAUGAUAUGAGGCCAUUUGGCCCAUUUAAGCUUGUCUGGUUCCGAGCAGUUGAUUCAGCUUAAAACUUUGCAAGGUUGGGUUUGACUAGCUAACCCAUUCCAUCCCCUCACUGCUCUCUAUGUGAAAAAGAGUCUCCUUCAACAACAUGACUAGUUAGCCUAUUCCA